AUGAGCCCAAGUAACGACUCCGGUUUCAAGGUCGAGCCUUUCGACGGCUCGAAUUAUGGGUUGUGGAGUUACAAGAUGAAGAUGUACCUGAUGUCGAAGGGGCUGUGGGGCGCGAUCGCGGGCGAUGAGACAACAAGUGAGGCCAAGGAACAGCAAGCCCACGCCGCGAUCGUGCUGAAUCUGAGCGAUUCACAGUUGAUGCAUGUCAUCGACUCGGCCACCGCAAGAGAAGCGUGGGGACGUCUGGCGCGAUUUCAUCACAGUCAUGACAUGGCGAAUCGACUUUGGCUGAAGGAAAAGUUCGCGUCGUUCAAGUAUGCAGCAUCAAGCAUGAGCGGUCAUGUGAUGGAGCUGGAGGACCUCGUGAUGAAGAUGAAGCGCGCGAACUGCGGUCCAAGUGAAGAGGACGUGUGCGCAGUACUGUUGCGGAGUCUACCUUCAAGCUUCGAGAGCUUGGUACAGGCAUUCCGCAUGUCCGUCGCAAGCUUCAGUUUCAGUGACCUCGUGAGCAAGUUGAUCGCCGAAGAAGUGCGCCAGAAUGAGGCUGCACGGGUAGAAGAUGCGACGGCGCUCUACGCAGGCAAGAGGAAGGGUAAGCAGUACCCGAAGAAGCAACAAGUACGGCGCGCGAAGGGACCAUCAGGGACCUGCUACAACUGUGGCAAGGUCGGACACUACGCCAGAGAUUGUCGCUCCGGUCGAGGGCCAAGGGAGCAACAGCAUGACCAGUCGAAUGUCGCGUUUCAUGCUUGCGACGGUUUCGCGAGCAACAGCUGGGUCAUGGACAGUGGCGCGUCAGCACACAUGUGCAAGGAUCGAGAUGCGUUCGAAGAGUACGAAGAAGUGCAUCAUGCGCGAAGCAUUUCAAGCGCAAAGAGCGACGUGAAGCUGAAUGUCAUCGGACAUGGGACAGUGAAGCUGCGCGUCUGGACAGGACAUGCGUGGAUCGACGCUCGCCUUGAGAACACACUUCACGUUCAAGAUUUGUCCAAGAACCUGUUUUCGCUCACGGCUGCGGCAGCGCGCGGCAUGACAGUGGAGAUUACGCGCAACGAGUGCGUGGUCAAGCGUGGCGGCACACCCGUCGCAACAGGAAGGAAGAAGGGGUUCCUACUGUAUCUCAAUGCUGACUGUGGUACGGAGUGCCACAUGGCCGAAGACGAUACAGAGCUAUGGCAUAGAAGAUUGGGUCACGUGUCGUAUGGUACGCUGAAUGCCAUGGUCAAGGACGGAAGGAUCAAGGGCGCAACGAUGAAGACGAACGUUGCGUGUGACGUAUGCGCAACGUCAAAGCAAGUGCGCAAGUCAUUCAAGACAAGUGAAGAAGACGCUGAAACCAGGGAGAGUUCGCGUUCCGACGUGGUGGUGUGCUCCGACGUUCUCGGACCUAUCACGCCAGCGUCCAAGUCUGGUUUCAGUUACGCCGUAACCUUCAUCAUGAUGAAGAGCAGGUAUGUAACGGUCUAUCCGUUGCGAAAGAAGAGCGACGUUGCGAGUGCGUUCAAGCGGUUUUACCAAGAUGUCAAGACAGCAUCUGGAACGAAGAUAAAGGUGUUGCGAAGUGACAACGGCGGCGAAUACCGGAACGAAACGAUGAACAGCUUUUGCAAGGCAAAGUUCAUUAAGCAAGAGUUCACGGUUCCGUACAAUCCAGAGCAGAACGGGAUGGCGGAGCGGAUGAACCGCACGCUGGUGGAGAUGACGCGCUACAUCAGAAACAUUCUGCCGAAAGCGUCGAACAAGAACUCAAGCCCACACGAAAUGGUGUUCAAGAAGGUUCCGCGCAUCGAUCACAUGCGCGUGUUUGGUGCGCAAUGCUAUGCGCAUGUGGCGAAGGAGAAGAGAAAGAAGCUGGACGACUCAGGCGUGCGAUGUUUCUUUCUCGGCUAUGAGAAGGACCAAAAGGCGUAUCGGCUUCUCAACGCGGACGAUGGCUCGAUCGUGAUUUCAAGAAGCGUCACGUUCGCUGAUCGUUCUGCCUCGAAAGCAUCGAAAAGCAGAGACACGCAGGUCUUCGAUGUCAUUGAAGAAGAUGAAAGUGUGGAGGCGUCGCUAACCGAUGAUGAAGACAUACCAGCGCCGGUGACCGAAGAAGAGCUGCGCACCCCACCACUUCGAGCGCAGAACAGCUCUCAUCACGGACCAAGUGUUCGACCAAGCGACACCAUUCCUACGCGCGCAUCCAGCACACCCGGAAGAAAUGGAGAAGAAGAGUGGAUGGUGCGACCGGUUCGAAAGAAGCGCGGCGUGGUUCGCUACGAACAAGAAUUUCCAAGCCAUCGUCGCGGUCGCUUCAAUUUGGACGACUACGAAGGUGACUUCGACUCUUUCUACUGUUUCUCGGCUGAAGAAGAUGGGGAACAAGCGUCCAGCUAUCAAGAAGUGAUGAAGAGCGGCUACAAGGAGCAGUGGCUACAGGCAAUGAAGAGUGAGAUGAAGUCGCUUGAAGAACACAGCACAUGGAAGCUAAUGGACAUGCCACCGGGCAAGAAGGCCGUUGGCUGCAAGUGGGUCUUCAAGAUUAAACGCGAUCCAAGUGGCGAGAUCAUCAAGUUCAAGGCACGCUUGGUUGUUAAAUGGUUCACGCAGCGUCCUGGUAUCAACUACAACGAGACCUUUGCACCAGUGGCGCGCAAGGAAUCUAUCAACACAGUGUUGGCGAUCGCUGCAGCUGAAGACCUGGAAGCAGAAAACGUUGAUGUUGACACAGCGUUUCUCUAUGGCGAAGUGGAAGAGGAGAUCUACAUGGACCAACCUGACGGUUUUGAAGAUGAAGGAAGCCCUAAUAAGAAGUGUUUGCUGCAGAAGGCGCUAUACGGGACGAAGCAAGCGGCGCGGCAGUGGAACAACAAGUUGAGUCAGCACUUGGUUGAUCAAGGAUUCAAGAGCAGUACAGCGGACCCGUGUGUGUUCGUUCGAGUGAAAAGAGAGGAGUACAGCAUCAUCGUGAUCUACGUGGACGACUUGAUGAUUUUCUGCAAGACGAAGGAGCACAUCGCAAGUAUCAAGAACUCAUUGAUGGAAGAUUUCAGCAAUAAAGAUCUUGGAGAUCUCAAGUACUGCCUCGGGAUCGAGAUUCAUCGCAAGCGCGAAGAUGGAACGAUCAAGAUGAACCAGAAGGCGUACAUCAAGCGACUUUCGGAGAAGUUCGGCGUUGAGAACUGCAAGGACAUGCACACGCCGGCGGACAGUAAUUCGAAGCUGAUCAAGAUGGGUCAAGAGGAAGCGUUUGUACCAAAGUACCCAUACCGUGAGCUGGUGGGCGCUUUAAUGUACAUCGCCACAUGUACACGACCGGACAUUGCGCAUGCGGUUGGCGAAGUUGCGAAGUUUUGCGAGCGCUACGACAAGUCGCAUUGGACAGCAGCAAAGCGGAUUCUCAAGUAUUUCAAGACGACUCAAGACUUAAGCAUCGUUUUCAGCGGCAUCAACAAGGGAGAGCUGAUUGGAUUUGCGGAUGCAAACUGGGCUGGCGACCUCGACACGCGGCGUUCGACAACAGGAUACGUUUUCUUCCUGAACGGAAGCGUGAUAUCGUGGAACUCGAAGCGUCAACCAACGGUCGCGACCUCAAGUACGGAAGCAGAGUACAUGAGUCUGUACAGCGCGACGCAGGAAGCAAUUUGGCUUCGAGGUCUGCUCAAGGACCUGAACUACUGUGCCAAGAACGCGACGACGAUUUUUCAAGACAAUCAAGGUUGCAUCGCGCUGGCCAAGAAUCCUGUGUACCACUCGCGCACGAAGCACAUCGACAUCAAGUUUCACUUUUUGCGUGAAAAGGUUGCAAGUGCAGUUAUCGCGCUAGAGUUCAAGCCGACAGAAGAAAUGAUUGCGGAUGGAUUCACCAAAGCACUUCCAAGAGACAAGCACAGAAAGUUCAUCACGGGUCUGUGCAUGGUGGUGUAG